AUGGCUGAUAACUUUGACGUAACUGAUGCUUUUCGUAUGAUGCGAUUUUCACUUAAGAAUUACAAUUGGAAAGUGUCUUUGGAAGACCAUUUACAUCUAGCGUUGGCAUCAACCUCCAUUUUAUUCUUGUCACCCAAUCGAUACCCUGAUGAAGUGAAGCCAUGCUUUAAGCACAAUGAUUGGAUUGCAGUAAUCAACUUUAUGCAUGAUAUGUACGACAUCAAAAAGGUUCCAAUGCCUCUGAAUACUGUUACCAAUAUGCUAGCCAUAAUUGAUAACCUAUGGACAAAAACCAUCAACCGGGAGCAAGCGGAAACCAGUUUUAAGCCAUUAUCUCUUUCAAGUUAUGAACACAAAUUCGUCAAGGCGUUGAGUGCUUUGAUUAUCAAGCUACCACCCGUAUCAAUAGAAGAUGUGAAUGAAUUCGAACUAUGCACACGCAACCGUGAAGAAAUGCUCAACAGCUUUGUCCUUGCCAUCAUCUCUACUCAAAAUGAGAUUAAGGAUGCAGUAAAGACUAUUUCAGCUCAGGUAGCUGAAAUAAAGAACGAAAUUAAGGAGCUGAGAACUACAAAGGAAGAAUAUGAAGAAAGGCUUUUUGAGAUGCAGCAAGAGAAUGCUAAGCUGAGAGCACAACUUGAGAGUAUUCUUGCUAACACAGCAGAUUCAAGCAGACCAAGGCGUACAAGACAUGGCGAAUUAAUCCAGGGCCUGUUUUUAGACAAACUAUACCCUGAUAGAUCUGCUCAACAUUCUGUUAUUGAGGGCAUUAAGAGCAAGCGUCAAUUCUUUUGGGGCCUCUUAAGAAAGUUGAUGGAGGAUGUACACGGCAGUCCUGUGGACAAUGUGAUUUUUGACGCUGCUCGUGACCAUAUCACGAUUUUUAGACUGCCUGCUCUCAUUCGUGAAGUAAAGUACAAGCACCAGAUCGAAAAUGCCAUUGAGGCUCUUGAGGAGAUAGCUGUUCCUUUCAUACCUUUGCGUGCUUCUGUUGGUUCUUGGGGCGCCAAUCUCAUGCUCCGUUACUACUGGGCUUGCAAUGAGAAGAACAGAUAUUUUGCUGCUUUCAGCAAUGAACAAGAUCAAACGCCCCAAAACAAUACUGUGCACGGUCGAGAUUCGUGUCAAACGUCUUCUUCUGCAAGCACCCUUCAUGAAGAAAGUGAUGAGAGUGAUGACUGCGAUAUCAGUGAUGUCAGGCAUAUCGACGCCGCAAGUAUAUUUACAUCAACUAUACAUCACUGCAAAGCAAAUGAUACGAACAAGCGUCGUAGCAAUAAUAAAGUGAAGAAGGUAAGCAUACUGCCAAAAGAACAAAGUCAGGCAAAUCAAAUUGAAGUGUAA